CUUCAACAAAAAAAAAAUUAAUUGAUAAACAUAAAAUUUAUUAUUUUAUUUUAUUACAAAAGUACAUAAUCGCGUAGUUAGUCUUAUUGAAAAUCAUGUCUGCAGCAAACGCAGCUCCUAUCACAGCUACAGAUAGUUUAUCACAAGCGUUAAAAGCUAAUAUUAUACCAAACCAAGAGUACUUGCUACAGGGGUCGGUGUUGGAUUCAGCUGUUGAAGUAUUGCUUCACCGGCUUCGUGGACUUUGUGAUAAUGUCGAUGCUGGUCCGGAGACAUUUGAUGACCAAGAAGUUUGUUUUAGCCUAAGAGAUCCAAUUCAACAGACAGCACCACUUAUGUUACGGGUUCGAAAAGCACUUGAUGCCAGAGAUAUGCCUUAUCAGCUUCGUUACAUAGGCCAGCCAGAUCUGGGUGACAAGAAUAGACCCACAGUAGUUCGCUCCAGCCUGGACAUUGCCUGUAGUGGAAUGCUGAUUGAAUUUUUGAAUGAACUUGGGUGUAGGAUAGAGUUUGAAUACAGUGUUAAAGGUUACAUGUUUAGAAAAGGCAGAAUGAAGAUUACUGUUGCAAAAGUAUUCAAAAUAUCACAGAGUUCUAUGCCACCAGAACCUAUAUCACAAAGCUAUUUAGUUGAAUUAUCUGUUCUGGCACCACAAGGCCAAGAUGCUAUUGGUGAAGAUAUGCGAGCAUUCGCCGAUCAACUACGUCCAUUGGUUCAACUUGAUAAAAUAGACUAUAAACGGCUCGGUCACAUGGCCGUAACAUAGCCUUUAUUCUUAAC